UUUCACAACUAAAAUUUUCUGCCGUUCUGUAUUUCUUUUAUAUUAUCCCUUGCCCAGUCAUUUUGAAUGGAUGACAUGUUAUUCCUUGAGUUAGCCCAAGCCCUUAUAGGGAGCUGUAAAAGGCAAUGAUCAAACCAUGCAGGCCUGGAGCCUUGGUUGCCAUUCAAGGCUUCGAUUUAUUUAUUUAUUUAUUUGUAUUUCAUCCUCUCAAAAUAUUCUGCUCCCUCUUGUGAUAGGCUUAUCCAAGGAGACUGUCUAUUUUUGUGAACUUGCAGUCUGUAGAGUUGUAAACUGUCAUGUGAUUUCUUUAGCCUCCCUUACCCCCUGCUUCUCUGUAAAUGAAAAUCUAUCCACCCUUAAUGUGUCUAAUAUGAUCAACCCUUGCAUUUGCUAAGGCAUGGAAGAAACCUGAAUUCUUGUUGCUCACUUUUAACCAUCAAGGCUGCAAUUUUGUUCUUCAACCAAUCUGUCCUCUGCUUAACCAAAAAAAAAUAAAAAAAUCUCUCUGGAUAAUCAUACUAAACUUUUUAAUAACUUCCUUUUUCACUUUCGCUUCCUCUUCCUUUUCUUGCAGCAUUUGCUAAUUCACAUUUUAUUUCUCUCCCCCCAACCCCUUCCCCCCCCCCCCCCCAAAAAAAUAAUAAAAUAAAUAAAAAAUAAAAAGAAAAAAAAAACUCCUGUUUUUAUAGCUUCCAUUUUCCCUCCCUCCAGGCCAUAAUCUUUUGCAAGUCUUGCAGCUUUUGAUGGAAUUCCUGUUUACUCAUUCUGCCAUGACUGAAUGCUUCUGCCAUUUUUCUGUUUUUGUUAUCAAAUAGCACAUUCUCAAAUCAUUAUGUCCUAGAUCUGCCCCCUAUCACCUACCUCUAGGGAGUGAUGGAAUUGUGGUCACUAACAGCUCUUAUGUUAUGUUAGGCUACCUUUCCACCUCCACUGUAGUGAAAAUCUUGCCCAAUCUUAUGAUUGGUGGGAAUGGAAAUUGAUUAUUCAACCACAUUCCUUCCAUGUAGCAGCGGAAGGCUCAAUUCUGUUGAAUUUUUCUCUUCACCCCUUCAUGCAGUUGCAUUUGAGUGGAUAUAUCAAUAUGAUCCACUAUGGAAGCGUAAGUCCAAUCCACUGAGUAUAAGCUAUGGGUAGUUCUAAUAUAGGUUGGGUUUUUUUUUUUUGGGGUAAUGGACCUAAUCUAUGAGUCCAUAUUUGGGGGAAGUAAGUUUGCACACGGGAAUAGUAGUAGUAAGAGACUAAGAGUCUUAGUUUGUUAAGUUAGAUGGGUUUGAGUUAGAUUAGGAUUCUUGUUAGUUAGAAUAGACUCCAGAUUUGAGUUUUUUUUUAUUUUUUAUUUAUUUAUUAUGAUUAGUGAGAGAGAGUGAUUAGGAUUCCUUUUAUAAGUCGAUUUAGGAAUGUUAAAAAGCUAUAUAUGUGUAUACAACAACAAAGCCUUAUCCCAACUUAACGGGGUUGGCUAUAUGUGUAUGCCCUCCCUUAAAUUAAGCAUGAUUUUGACCAAAGCAUUUUGAGUUUCUUAAGAGUGUUGAACUGUUGAUGUUGUGCAGCUGCACAUACAGGAUUGGUAUUCCAGAACUGGCCAAUUAUUUGUCUCUUUUAUUCCUUCCUGUAGAACUAAUUCCUGCUGACCGUAUGUGGUCUCUCUUAUCCAUUUCUUAUUAUAACUCGUCUAGUCUGUGGUACCCUUGUUGAUCGAUUUACCGCUUGCUUUUUCUUCUCUCUAUAUAUCUUAUAUUACUGCUUACAAAAUCCUUCAAAUUUGGCACUCCAGUUCCUGUUUACAUUCCUUCUUAAAUUCUGUGUUGAGUUACUGAAUCCGGGUUCUAGUUCUGUGCUCUGUUUUCAUAGUGGAACAAGGAUUGACUUGCACACAUCUUUCCUCUUCUCAGAUUUCUUUGAAAUUCUGCUUGUAAGUAGUCUGCCAAAGACACCAGUUUCAGGUCAUUCCGACCAGUCCUUUGCGAGAUAUUAGUUUUUUCCCAUACAUCCUUAAAUCUGAACUUGCUUAGCUAGUUCUCUGUUUCUGAAGAUUCUGUGUUUGCAGAUCAUUCUCUAGUUUUCCUAACUUGGGUUUAGAUUUGCAUCAAUAAUGAUGGUAAUGGAGGCAAUGGAAUGGUAAAGAUACAAUAGAGACUCUGCUGUGCAUCCCUCCAUCCUCUCCUUCCCACAGCGUCGUAAGACUUAAAAAGUAAAAAAAUCCAUGUAAUCAUUUACUCUCUAACUUCCUCCAGCUCUUCUCUAAUUAGAUUUCUUCAUAAAUUUCUCUGUCGGCAAAUAGGCUCUUGAGCUUGAAAGGUGUAGAUAUUCAGAAUCGUUCCACCUGAUAUUUCAGCUCAAUCACAUUGGUUUCUGAGUCAAUGGUAGUCCCCAGCAAUUCCCCUGGCUGUUGAGGCCGACCAUUCUGCCACAUGGAAGUCCCGUAAAGCAAUUAUAAUACCGUGGCGAUCAUUGUUAUUUUUCUGCAGUAACAAGAAGAUAUCAGCCUUCUUUUUCCUCCCCAUGCAUGGUCCAGUAUAAAAAAUUUCUUACUAAACUCUUUAGUGCAGUUCGUAAUCCGCUCCCCUGCCAAAUAAAGAAGGUGGGUGGGGUAGAAAUAGGGGGUAAAGGAAUCUUAGAGACAUUCCCACCUUACUGUCAAAUUGACUGAUUAGCGUUCAUUGCCAAGGUUCCUUCAACUCCUUGCAGCAUUGGAUUCCCAGAUACAGUACUACAGUUUAUUGGAGCCCUCUUGCAUUUUUGUCUUGAGAUUCCUUUUUGAAUAUCAUCCAAGCAAUUGGACUCUACCUCAGUGUCAGUAGUAUUUUGUCAGAGCUAUUGGUGAUCUUUCUAGAGCCUUUCAACUACAUCUGGGUUCUUUGUAUUUUGAUAAUAUAAUGCAAAUUAAGGCUCUCUAUGUAGCAGCAGUGGUAUUUGGUUUUUAUUUUAUGGGUAAUUUACAGCGCCACCCCUGGAGAAUGCCACAAUUAUAAGAACACCCCCUCUGUUUCACCAAAUUAGACUCAAGACCCUUUACCGUAAGUCACUGUUAAAUGAGGAUUUGAAAUGAUGAUUUUACCCUUUUGACUAAAACACAUGACCCUGAUCAUAUACCCUCCAUCUCCAUCGUCUUCAUUUCCAAGCCGUGAAGAGCAACGGCAGUAAAGAAGGAAAGAGAGAUGGUGGACUGCUACCUUGCUUGUUAAUAAUAAGACCCAACCCGGCUUUGAGAACCCCCCCAUUGACACUGUCACUAUGACAUGAUCGGCCACCAUUUCUGAACCAUCUUCGAAACGGAGUCUCACAGGCCUGUUACUGCUGCAACUCCCAUUAAUCUGCAUCUUCAACGACCUCACAACACCUGGCUUCCAUUCAAUCCUCUUUGACUUUCCUACCCAGUUGGAUCAAACCCGUGGGAAGUGCAGAUGCAAGCCACUCCAUUAGGGAACGACUCAUUGACGCUGCUUCCACACGCUGAUAAUGAAAUCAAGAACCACUGGAACACCCACAUUAGAAAAAGGCUUCUGAGAAUGGGAAUUGAUCCUGUAACUCAUAGUCCUAGACUUGAUCUUCUCGACCUCUCCUCUCUUCUUAGCUCACCUCUCUACCACCAAUCUCAACUGAAUAAUUUGUCUAGAUUUCUUGGGAUUCAACCUCUCAUCAAGCCUGAGUUCCUAAGGCUUGCCACUACUCUCUUAUCAUCCCAAACCUACAACAAUAACUACAACCCUGACCUUCAUCUUCUGCAAAAUCUCCAUGAAAACAACCAACUCUGCGACUCCCAAGUUCAAACCCAGUUCCCUUCUUUCGAUUCUAAUCAAAUCCAAAACCCAAUUCUGAAUGAAACCCAUCUCUUGCAGACCAAUGUGGACCAGUACCCUUCAAUUUGCCAUGAUUUCCUAACCAGCUGUGCCCGGCAAGACAAUGUUGCUUUUUCUUCUAAUUCGACAGAUAAUUUGAAUAUUCCCAUGUCGAAUUACUGGGAGAAGACAAGAACAGAGAUUUCCUGUGAGAAAAAACUGCUUUUUUUACAAAAGAACAAAGAAAAAAGAACCCAUUUGGAACAAAGGAAUCAGAAUUUCAGAAGUAAAAUGGAAUGCAGAGACAAAAUUAACAAUCAUAACUUUCUACCAAAGAUUCUAAAAAGUACAAUCAGCGGUGGUACUAUAAAGCUUAUGAGCAACUGUUACCCUCGCCAUUCCUGUGAUCACAAGUCUGGGUUUCUUGCCGCCAUGGUUGCUGGUUUCACAAGCAUACAAGAAAACAACCAGAGAUGAUGAUCAAAGAACAGUGAUCAUUUGUCCGUCGCCAAUGCCACUGCCGCUGCUCUGAACGAUCGCCAGUGGUAAGGUAAAUUAGGUCUUCGAAUGGUGAUAGAUUUAGGUGAAAGAAAUAGUAACUUCUUACAAGGGUAUUUUAGGUACUUCAAAUUUAAUAAGGGCACUUUGGUAUUUAAAAUAAAAUAUAGUUGUUGACAUCAGCAUAUAAGGUAUAUUCUUUAACUGUGACUGACAGUAAGGGGUCUGAGUAUAAUUUGGUGAAAUAAAGGGGAUGUUCUUAUAAUUGUGACAUUCUUCAGGGGGUGGCGCUGUAAAUUAUCUUUAUUUUAUUUAUGCUAAAAGUUUUUGUGGUUGGGGAAGUUCAAACACUUUUUUGAAUGGGCCCAGCUAGUUUUGCCACCUGGAAAGUGAUGUGGCUAAUUUUUUUGGUACUUGGAUCUGUUUGAUCCGAUUUCUGGGUUUCUUUUGGGUUGUUUCCAUGAUAAAAGCUUAAUCUAAUUUAUCUGCAAUAACAAUCACUUGGGGAAAUGCUCCACUUUUUGUU